CACGUGAUGUGAGAUGUCUCAUGCUAGCCACCUUGAUCCCGGACCUCCAAAGGCUCCACAAGGACAUGGAAGCUCAUCCUAUGAUGACUCGCUUGAAAGCUUUAUACCAAGGGCAGGCUAAACAUGAGCAUUUCAAAAUCUCUAAGACUCUGUUUUCUAGUAAGCUGGCAACGGAUAACCCAGUUGGUAUCCACAUUUUCAAGAUGAUCGAUGAGAUCAAAACUCUUGAAAAACUGGACGCCCUGUUGCAUCCUAUGCUGGCAACCGAUCUCAUCUUUGGAUCAUUACCUAUUGAGUAUAGUAAAACUGUAGUGAACUUCUACAUGAACAAACUAGAGAUGACUAUGCACGAGCUGCUGAAAUUCCUCAAAACUGCUGAGGAGAGUUUAGGAAAGGGCAAGGGUAAGUGUGUCCUGAUGAUAGAUGACAUUACUGUUGCGAAGAAUAAUGGGCCACGUUCGCCGACCGGGACCAAGCGCAAGGGUUCUAAGAAACCCAAGCCAGCGUCAAACUCCUCUUCGUUGAAACCCAAAGAAGGAGCUAAGAAGAAGUCUGUUGCGGUCGAGCUUACAGGCUACCUCCGUUGGCUCGAAGAGAAAGGGGGUAGUAAUAAUGACAUCGAUCGCCUCGCUGAUAUGUUCAUUGCUGACUCGCAUGAGAGGUUCAGGUUGGAAAAGGUUGAGUCCUAUAGGAGAUUUCAAGAAAUGCUGGCUAGGAGUACUUGUGAGAUUCAAGUCUUGUUGGUUGUUCUUAAGACUUGUGUCACUCAAGUCUUGUUACAAGCAAAAAAUGUUCAUUUUAGAGAACAACUUUAUUCACUCCUCACUAGAGUUGCACUUUUGUCUAACGGGUUCUACCCAAGAAGAGCGAGGUCCACAGGAGGGGCAGACAAUCACUUCACAACUUGGGACCAGCUUCACGGAGAAUUUCUCAAAAGAUUCUUCCCGCCUUCCAAAACAGCAAAAAUCAGGCGGAUGAUACAAAAUUUCAAGCAAAAUCCAAACGAGCCCCUUUACGAGGAUUGGGAAAGAUUCAAAGAUCUUCAAAGGCAAUGCCUACAUCACAAUAUCCAGUCCUGGCACUUAAUGACGGAUUUCUAUAAAGGCCUAAAUGAGAACUCACAGAUAUUGUUGGAUGCCUCGGCGAGCGGAUCAUUCAUGAGCCUUGAACUUGACGAAGCUGAAGAACUUAUUGAGUGGAUCUCAACAAAUGGAUCUACAUGGUACUCUGAUCGUCCAUCCGCUCAACCAAAAAUUGGAGGCAUGUACGAAGUUGAUCAAAUGUCGGCCAUGGCUGCUAAGGUCAAUAGCAUUAUGAGCAUGAUCCAAAAGAUUUCUCAAGUCUCUGCUGUGCAAAACACUAAGCCAACACCGCCUCCUGUUCCUGUUCUCAUGUGUGUAUCCUGUGGUGGACAACAUGAUCAAUCUUCAUGUCCAUGGGAUUCAAUGCAGCAAGUUGAUAAUGUCAAUUACUACCGGCCGCAGCAACAACAAAACCCAUUUGGCGGAUUUAAUUCUCAAAAUAGAAAUCAUCUUGGUUUCUCUUGGAGCAAUCCCGGUGGAGCUGCAAUCCCGAUGGAGCUGCCAAUCCACAAGCUUAUCGGAGUUCACCACCCGGCUUUCAAAAUCAACAGCAACAACAAUUUAGAGGUGGACAAGGUUUUGCUAACAAUCAACAAUUUAAGCAAAACCAAAGCUUCCCCUAUGUUCCCAAUCAACAAAAGCCAAUCCUGCCAACUCCUGAAACAACAUCAGCUCCCGGUUUGGAUAACAUUGUUGAUCAGCUACUCAAAUCUCAACUAGCCCAAGCUGAAACCUUGAAGAAGAUUUCUGAAGAGCUUACUCAACUUCGAGCUCACAAUAGGAUGCUUGAAAAUCAAAUUUCUAAUCAAGCAUCAACAUCCUC